CAGUGAAGAACUUCUCCAAACUGAAGAGCAGACUGAAAAGAGACAUGACCUUCCCCAGGAUCCUGCUGCUUUUAUUCCUUCCACUUCUUGGCAUUGCCAAAGCAGGGAUGCUCAGUCCAGAAGCAGUGCAGGUUACUAAUGUCCUUAAGGAUGAUGAAGCCUGCCAAGACUGUAUCCAAAUCAUAGACAUCCUGAAACACUUGCUAUUGGAUGAAGAGUUCCAGAAUCAGGUUCAGACAAAGCUGAAGAGCACUCUGGAGAAGGUGUGUGACUCGCUGCCUGCGCAGAUUACGCAGCUGUGCCACAAUGAGGUGGACAAAAACCUUCCUCUUGUCUUCACCUUCCUCACCGAACUGAUGAACCCUAGACAAGUGUGCACUUACUUUAACCUGUGUGAAGGCGAGCUCAAGCUGCAGAUGGAGGACAUUUUGAUGAAUUACAUAGAGAAGAUCAUCACACCCUCUACUGUCAUGCUGGAGGCCUCGUUCCCAUGCAGCGUUUGCACAUAUGCUUUGAAUGUGCUGGACUGUCUCCUACCCACAGCACAGACAGAGAGUUUUGUGAUCGGUGUGUUGGAUGAAGUGUGUUCCCUCCUCCCCUUCCUCUUAAGAAGUCAGUGCUCACAGCUGGUUCAGAGAUCAGUGAAAAUGCUGCUUGAGGUGCUCCUGAACGCAGCAUCGCCCAACUCCAUCUGCUCUGUGUUCUGUCGCAGCUCAGCUCGACCCAGUAACAUGGUGUCUCCUCUCUCGGACUGUGACUCGUGUCUGACUCUGGUCGUCCUGUCUCGUCUCCAUUUGGGCUCGAACGCCACUCAGCCUCAGGUUACCUCCUUCCUGCGCUCCGUGUGCCAGUCGCACCCUGGCAUCCUACCCAAGUGUGAGAGUUUUACUCAGCGCUAUGGUGAGAAACUCCAGGGGAUUCUGGGUAAAGAGGCAGUGGCUUUGGAUGUGUGUGAGAGAGCUGAUCUGUGUAUGGGGAUUAAGAGGACGGAGAAGGGAGACAUUGGUGACCCCUGCACACUGGGGCCGAGCUACACCUGCCGAGAUCUACAAACUGCUCACACCUGUGGGGUUGUCUCUUUCUGCCGGAUGAACGUGUGGAAGUAGAAGUCUGUUCUCUGUUGGAUUUCAGCUUCACAGCCGCUUCUCAUCACAACAUCAGCCACACAGAAUCUAAACAUGCAGUCUAAAAGGAUUUUACAGAACUGUCCAUGUUUGCUUUUCUAAUCUGGGCUACGAGGUGAACCUGAGCUCUGACCUGCUAUUGUUUAGACAAAUACGAUAAAGUGAUAAGAUAAAAUCAGCCAUCGAGGCAGUUUAUUCUGACUCUUCAGCCAUUAUUAAUUUAAUGCUCAUGAUGUGUUUUUUCUUUUGAUUACUUUCACAACCAGCUUUUCUAAAAGUCAGCUGAACAAGAUAAAAUGAUGGGCUUAUGAACAAGCUGAGCCUUUUAAACUCUGGACACCACUGUUACAUUCAGGUGUUUUUCUAGGUUAAGUCCUUUUUUUCUGCCUCUGUAAUCUUGCAAGUAUCAACAGUAAUUUUUGUCUUUGUUUAUAUAAAAUGAUUGAAGACUUGAUUGUCAUGACUGCAUUAAUAUUAAACUAUGUAAAGAGUUUCUAGUGUGUG